AUGUUUCCGGCUGUUAUCACGACCGUGUUUGAAGGGCCCCCGUACUGGCCUUGUUCCCAACCGCUCCAGUGGCGCAAUUGGUUAGCGCACGGUACUUAUAGGACAGUAGUCGUGAGCAAUGCCGGGGUUAUCUAUCGAUGCCUCCUGGUCCUCGGCGCAUUGUUCUCGGGGAAGGUCGCGGAGUCGCGGGAUUCGACGUUCCUCGUGAAUUUCCAUCGCAGAUACAACGUCUCCAAAGUGGCGAUACUCCGCAAUAACGGUUACUUACCGCCGGCGAGUGUGCCGGCGAAUUUCUCACCGCCGGAAGUGAUCGAUAACAGAGCACGGAACGUAAUAGCGACGACGAACGAGACCAGGAACUACCCUAAUGCGUUGUUGCUUCUUCCCGACCAGGAUUCCUUGCGAGCUCUCGCGCGCAAAAGCUCGACGCAGGACGAGAGAUAUCCGGGGAGCGGACCGCAUCCUCGUCGACCGGGCUCUCCGCAAGGCAAACACCCUCGACUAACCACAAUGCGGUCUCCUCCUUUUCUUCCUCCUUCCCCUCUUCCCCCCGUCGUCGAAACACCGAUGUCAUCUUCGGCGAAUCGCAUCAGCAUAGAAGAGAUGUCCUGUCAGAACGCGGGAGACGAUUUAUUCUUCAGAGCAUCCGUCAAGAUGCCGGAGAGUUCGAUCCCGCCGAUAGUAGACAACGUGAUGGGUGAAGCCUGUCGCGCGACACCAGCCGGGGAUUCUUAUCGCAUUAAUUUCGAGAGAGAUCAGUUCUGGGAUUGCGGGGUCGCCGAUUGUUCCGCGGAUGGCGUCCGAUCGUACUGCCUCGACCUGAGAUUCCCCGUGAUUUCCGGGCUGCGAUUGAAGGACGACUAUAGGGUGACGUUACGAUGUAAGACUCAAGAUAGGAUCACGUAUCGCACGAAGCGGAUCAACUUGAAAACCUUAGAAGCGAAGGGGAGGAGCAUACCGAACGUGUUGAACGGCGGCUCUAAGGAUACCCUGGACGUGGACGUGGGACUGUUCAGGAAAACGUACACCUCGGAGAACACCUUCGACACGAGGAUACAGCCGGGCGGCACGGUUCUCCUCGGCGAAGAGAUUCUGCUGCGCGUCUUGGUCAAUAGUGACGACGGUUGGAAGUAUUCGAGGAUGGGCCGAGUGACGGUGCAUUACGUGGAGAUGAUGAAGCAGCAGCGGAACGUCGUCAACAGCCUGUGGAUCCUCGACGAGGACGGUUGUCUGAACGCGGACGUGCGCGAGAUCUGUCCGCGAGAACAAUACGCGGCGUCGCCGUUGGAAAGCUACCUGAUCCUCCGAGCGUUCAUGUUCGACGGCAUGAAGGAGACCGACGAGAUUUUCCUGACGGUGAGAGCGACCGCGUGUCUGGAGGCUGCGGACUGCGUCCUCGACUGUCCCGCCGGUCACGUUAGACGCGCCCGCAGGAGCGCCGCGGAUCGAAACAAUACGAUCGAGUGGCGGGACGAUAAUAUAGCUCUGCGGGUGCUCCUGCCGAAGUACGAGCGGCGAACUUCGAAGCGAAGUUAUUAUUCAGCGUUCCUCACAGCGGCCUGCGCUUCACUCGCGCUGACGAUCGCGUCGGUGUGCCUCGUGAAAACCUUCGCCGGGAAACGCCGGAAACCCGAGCUCUCUUGA